GAGCGCGGUGGGCGGGCUGGAGGGAGGCGCCGAGGCGCCGGGGCCGCAGCGGAGGAGGCGGAGGCGGAGGAGGCCGGCGGCGGCGGCGGCGGCGCUGGCGGCUACGGGAGUACCCGAAGUGGUGGUGGUGGUGGUGGCGGCGGCGGCAGCAGCGGCGGGAAGGAAGGGGCAGCGACACUCGGCCAGCCUCCCCGCGGCGCAGCCGCUCCGGCACGGGGCGGCGGGGAGAUGCCCACGCAGCGGGACAGCAGCAGCAUGUCCCACCCGGGCCCGGGCGGUGGCGGGGGAGGCGGCGGCGGCGGUGGCGGCGGGGACCACGCGCACCAAGUCCGCGUGAAAGCCUACUACAAAGGGGACAUCAUGAUCACGCACUUUGAACCAUCCAUCUCCUUUGAGGGUCUCUGCAGUGAGGUCCGAGACAUGUGCUCAUUUGACAACGAGCAGCUCUUCACCAUGAAGUGGAUAGAUGAAGAGGGAGACCCAUGCACUGUUUCAUCUCAGCUGGAGUUAGAGGAGGCCUUUCGGCUCUAUGAACUCAACAAAGAUUCAGAGCUCUUAAUUCAUGUAUUUCCAUGUGUACCAGAACGGCCUGGAAUGCCAUGCCCAGGAGAAGACAAGUCUAUCUACCGCAGAGGCGCACGCCGCUGGAGGAAGCUUUAUUGUGCCAAUGGCCACACUUUCCAAGCCAAGCGGUUCAACAGGCGAGCUCACUGUGCUAUCUGCACCGACCGCAUAUGGGGCCUCGGACGCCAGGGCUACAAGUGCAUCAACUGCAAGCUACUUGUUCACAAGAAGUGCCACAAGCUUGUCACCAUCGAGUGUGGGAGGCAUUCUCUGCCCCCGGAACCAAUGAUGCCCAUGGACCAAACCUCUGUGCAUUCAGACAAUGUAGAGACAGUGAUUCCAUAUAACCCUUCAAGUCAUGAGAGUUUGGACCACGUUGGUGAAGAAAAGGAGGCAAUGAGUACUAGGGACAGUGGCAAAGCUUCAUCUAGUCUGGGUCUCCAGGAUUUCGAUUUGCUGCGUGUCAUAGGGAGGGGGAGCUAUGCCAAAGUUCUAUUGGUGCGACUCAAAAAAACCGAGCGCAUUUACGCCAUGAAAGUCGUGAAGAAGGAGCUGGUCAACGAUGAUGAGGACAUCGAUUGGGUGCAGACAGAGAAGCAUGUCUUCGAGCAGGCAUCCAACCACCCAUUCCUCGUCGGCCUGCACUCUUGCUUCCAGACAGAGAGCAGAUUGUUCUUCGUGAUAGAAUAUGUGAACGGUGGGGACCUCAUGUUCCACAUGCAGCGACAGAGGAAGCUCCCUGAAGAGCACGCAAGAUUUUAUUCUGCAGAAAUAAGUCUAGCCCUAAAUUACCUUCAUGAACGAGGGAUAAUCUAUCGAGACUUGAAACUGGACAAUGUAUUGCUGGAUUCUGAAGGGCACAUUAAGCUCACGGACUACGGCAUGUGUAAGGAAGGGUUAAGGCCAGGAGACACAACCAGUACUUUCUGUGGGACUCCAAAUUAUAUUGCUCCUGAAAUUUUGCGAGGAGAAGAUUAUGGCUUCAGCGUGGACUGGUGGGCACUUGGUGUGCUGAUGUUCGAGAUGAUGGCAGGGAGAUCUCCCUUUGAUAUCGUCGGGAGCUCAGACAACCCUGAUCAGAACACCGAAGAUUACCUCUUUCAAGUUAUUUUGGAAAAGCAAAUUAGAAUACCCCGCUCCCUUUCUGUCAAAGCUGCAAGUGUUCUCAAGAGUUUUCUUAAUAAAGACCCCAAGGAACGGCUAGGUUGUCAUCCUCAAACAGGCUUUGCUGACAUUCAGGGACAUCCAUUCUUCCGAAAUGUCGAUUGGGAUAUGAUGGAACAGAAGCAGGUGGUGCCUCCCUUCAAGCCAAAUAUUUCAGGAGAAUUUGGUUUGGACAACUUUGAUUCCCAGUUCACUAAUGAGCCUGUGCAACUCACUCCAGAUGAUGAUGAUAUUGUGAAGAAGAUUGACCAGUCUGAAUUUGAGGGCUUCGAGUACAUCAAUCCCCUCUUGAUGUCUGCAGAAGAGUGCGUCUGAUGGGGCUCCUCCCUUUUGCAUGUGUUAUCAUAUAAUGCAUGGAUAAACAAGUUACCAGUUUGGAUGCAACCAUAUAGCAUAAACUUGAGCAUUUUAACUUCGUCAUCUACUUAUGGCACACUUGGUAUCUUUUAUCCCUGAUUGUAAUGAUCAAACCAUCACUUUUAAGUUCAGCUGCAAGAAAAAGUCUGAAACCAGAUUUCCGGAGCCUCAGACCAGGAUCGAUUGAAUUGUAACAUGGCGGGCAGCUGCUGGAAUUUCAGAGGGUGCCUGAGAAGUUGUGGCUCGUCUGUAGCUUGCUCAUAUGUAGCGACGUCUCCUUUUUAUUUAAAAGAAACACUUGUUACUGCUUUGAACAAGAGCAUCUGUUGCAUCAAGGCACAUUGUGAAAUAGCAUCGUCGGCCUCUGGUAGUUGCUAUGCUAGUCAUCAGGUGGCGGUGGUGGUUGUGGGGAGAUGGGGAAGGGCUUUAUUGUGGAGGGGCAGAAUGACUUCCAAAUACGAUUUCCUGUUCUUUACCUCUAGGAGUUCAAUUUUAUGUUUCCAUCUUGUCCUGAAUACUCAGAUUUGUAACUUUAAGACAGUUCUUAAAUCUGCGGCUAUAAGAAAGAUGCUGCUACUUCCUGCUAACUGGAGAAUAAACACACUUCACAUUCAGGAGAACACUAGACACACUCCAGCAGUAAACCAUCAGUAGCCUCUGAGUCCUAUGCCUGGGACCCAGAGGGGAGAGAGAGGACCCCUCUGAGACUUUUGGCCAGAAAUAUGCCUGGAGUAUCAGAGAGGAUGCAGAGGAGCCCAGAUCCAACCGAGGAGGGAAAUGGGCAGGAUGUAGAAAGUAAAAAUGGUCCCUGGCCAAAACAGGCAGCUGAAGUUGGAGAAGUUAGAUGAUGAGAUUUCUUUUUUCCCCCAAGGGAAGAUUUCACAGCUGCUUUUUUUGUGAUUUAGCAAUGGCUUCUUUGAGGCAAUUGGAAGAACAAGGAGAAAUGCCCUUGUUUCCCAAGUUGGUGUACAUUUAAAAACAAAUCCUUUACAAUUUAGUAUGUAGAGAUGUAAUCUUCCAACUGAGUCCAUUUAAUUAGAGUUUUCUUGAAAAUUAAUGAUAGGAAUACUUACCAAGUAUCUCCUUGGAAUCUUCCAUGAGAUCCAAGAGAAAUGGCUAUAAUAAAUGUAAGUGAAAACUGGCCAUGAUUCCGGCUCACUCUGGAUUUUAUACACCCUGAUUAUGUAGAUAACAAAUAUAAUGUAGAGUAAGAAGGCAGACUCUUCAAGCUAUUUUUGGAUAAAUAUUAAUGUUUGAGAAAUUUAUUGGCUGAAUAAAUGCCCAAAGUACCAUCCUUUCAUUGUAUUUUGAGAGAGUAAUUUGGAAGCUAGAAUAACCCUGUGCAUAGAAAUUGCCUAUCCAUUCCCAACCUUAUUAAAAAUUAAAUUGUAGGAAGGCAGUCCUAAAUUCAGAAUAACUUAAGGAAUUGGUCUUACACAUUUUAUAGAUUUUUCUUCCCCCUCCUUUCUUUUUUUUAGGAACUAUGUUUUAUUAGAGAUAUGCUUUCUCUCAGUUCUGUAGUCUCUUUAUGUUUUCUAUGCCUAGCCUGGAUGGAGAAAUUCAAAGAAAACUUACAUGUGUACUUGGAACCAACCCCUGCUUAUGUUCUAAAGAUGUUUUUUUUUAAUUAGGCAAUUAUAAUCUACCAUUAGUUCUAGAGACCCAAUAGGUUUGCCCCAAGUUAUUGGUGGGGAAUUCUGUAGUCAGAAGGUGUUGAUGACUUUGAAAUCAAAGUGGUGAUGCUUUUUCUGUCCCUAGGGAUUUCUUUGUCUUUAUCCCAUGAUUUGGUUUCAGGAAAACUGUUUUGGACAAAUUGGUUGGGGCCAGAAGUACAUUUACUCUUUUUCAUCAGCUAAAUACUAUUUAAAAGCAUAUGUAUACGUAGUCUUCACUUUGAAAUGUCUUCACAAAAUUGAUCAGUUUUCUACCAGUAAUAUGCAUUUUUCUAUGAUGUGGCUUUGACCUCCCGGGUGGCCUUUUGUUUUAAUAUAAUUUUUAAAAACAAGUAAGAUGUGUAAAUUUUAUACAGAUCACCAUUGCAAAUAUGUUUUGACAUAUUUUCAUUUUUCCACAACUUUUUUUUAAGUGCCAUGCCAAUUUUUAAAGAUUUUUGGUGUAGAGGUUGUCUCAAAAUUUUUCAGCAGGGAAAUCGGGCAUUGGACAGUAAGAGUAGAUAGAAUUUGGGGUUUCUAGGAAAUAAGAUUUAUUUUUCAUAAGCAUGACAUGUUUGUGUAUUCUGCUCGUUCAUUAUUAAUGCAAUUUACAUGUUGUUUUGUUUUGUUUUCCCAAUGUGAAAUACUCAUAUAUACUGUAAUCUGUAUUUGUGCACCUUUUUUUUUACUUAAAUGUCUUUAAAUAAAAUGUUUAUAAUAGUC